AUGGUUUCUGCAGUGGUGAACACUGUUCCAAAUGUAGUUGUUAUCAUAGGGAACAUCAUCUCACUUUUUCUACUCUUGUCACCCGUGCCAACUUUUGUUCAAAUAGUGAAGAAGGGUUCAGCAGAGCCAUUCUCACCGGUUCCAUAUCUGGCCACCCUAAUCAACUGCAUGGUUUGGGUCAUUUACGGCUUGCCCAUGGUGCACCCCAACAGCAUCCUCGUCAUAACCAUUAAUGGCGCAGGAACAGCUAUUAAGCUCCUCUACAUAACCCUCUUCUUAAUUUACUCUGACAAGAAGAAGAGACUCAAAGUUUUACUUGGGAUCCUCGUUGAGCUCAUCUUCAUCGUCAUUGUUGCGAUUCUGGUUCUAACCCUUCCCCAUACAACCAAGCAACGUUCGUUGGUCGUUGGUAUCAUAUGUAUUUUGUUUAACAUCAUGAUGUAUGCUUCGCCAUUGUCGGUCAUGGUAAUUGUCAUUACAACAAAGAGUGUGGAAUAUAUGCCAUUUUUUCUCUCUUUGGCUGAUGGUGUUGCCUGGACAAUUUAUGCUUUCCUUCCUUUUGACCAAUUCAUCACUGUCCCCAAUGGGCUUGGCACAUUAUUUUCCGUGGGCAGCUGA